AUGGGACAGACACCUCCAAGAGGAGGUAGCGUGGUAGUGCUUGAGACUGAUGAGGUCGAAGUAGGUGUGGUGAUGUUCGAAGAUCCAGUGGCAAUGCCCGAUGAAAAGACUGAGAACCCUGUAGAAGCACCCGAAGAAACUCCAGGCGUAGGCACAGUGGAGUUGGCAGGUCCGAUAGGAAUCACUGAUGGGGAGCCAAAAACGAUUGGUGCCGAUCUUGGAGGUCCACUCAUAGGAAUGACUGGGGGAGCGGUAGCGGUGAAUGAUGUCAAGCUUGUUGAUCCACCAGGAGCAUUUGAAGCAGAGCUUGAAACGACUGCUGUAGCACUUGAAGGAGAAGAAAUACCAGGGGAAACGCUAGAGGCAGGAGCUGUGGAGUUGAUCGAAACCACAGGAGCACCCGAGGAACCGACAGUUCCCGAGGCGGUAGCAGAACCGGGGGACGCACUAGAGAUUGGGAGGGGCGACCUAAGGAUCGCGCUGAUUGAAGGGAAGGGAAUUGUGGCCGUGUUGCUGGGAGACAAUGGAACCACCGUGCUUGACGGGGCGAUGCCACUUGAGGCUGGCACAGUAGUGGCAUUUACUGGCGAAGGGAGCAUAAUUAAUGUCGUCGUAAGGAUAUCGAAAGCUGUGCCAGAAAUGGUGCCUUCUAAAUAG